AUGAUGCCCCACACUCUGACUGGGCUCCUGCUGCUGGCAGGACUGGGCGCUCUGGCUCAGGAUCACUAUGGGGACAGAUCAGGGACCAAGAGGACCAGGACCAAAUUCCUGACUGGAAACACAGUGCAGACACUCCAAAGUGGAAGAGAAGCCAUACUGGAUGAGGACUGCAGCGUGGAGCUUGCCUUCCUGGUGGACAGCUCGGAGAGCGCCAAAGAGAACCACGAGAAGGAGAAGCGCUUCGCCAUUGACGUGGCCGAGAGGCUGCCCAGCAUCCGGCUGAAGUCGGGCCGCAGGCUGAGCGGCAAGGUGGCCCUGCUGCAGUACAGCAGUCACGUGCUCAUCGAGCAGACCUUCAGCCAGUGGCGCGGCAUCGACAACUUCAGGACGCGCAUCCUGCCCAUCGCCUACAUCGGCCAUGGAACCUACACCACCUUCGCCAUCACCAACAUGACCAAGAUGUUCGAGGCCGAGUCAGGACCCGCCGCCAUCAAGGUGGCCGUGCUGCUGACCGACGGCGUGUCGCACCCACGCAACCCGGACAUCUUCUCGGCCACGGCUGACGCCAAAAACCAGGGGGUGAAGUUCUUCAUGGUGGGCAUCACCCGCGCUGCCAAUGAGCCGGCCAACGUGGCCCAGCUGCGUCUCCUGGCCAGCUCGCCCGCCUCACGCUUCCUCCUCAACCUCCAGGACCAGGACAUUGUCGAGAAGAUCCUGACAGAGAUUGCCGAAUUGGCUGAAGAUGGGUGUCCUUUGGCCCAGACGUGUACUUGUGAGAAGGGAGAGAGGGGACCCAGUGGUCCAGCGGGCAAGAAGGGUCGUUCAGGUGAUGAUGGCGCCCCCGGACUCAAAGGACAAAAGGGUGAAGGUGGGAUUCCGGGACUUUCCGGCCGAGAAGGAUCAGAGGGCAAACCUGGUUACAACGGAGAGAAGGGAGAGCGAGGUGAAUGCGGAACUCCGGGAAUCAAAGGAGACAGGGGACCUGAGGGACCUGUUGGCACAAGGGGAUCCAGAGGACUGCAGGGUUUACCAGGCCCGCAUGGUGACAUUGGACCUGAGGGAAUACAGGGAAAGAAGGGGGAGCGAGGCCCUGCUGGCCCAUCUGGAUUGCAGGGAGAGAGUGGGAUUGGUCUACCUGGACCAAAGGGUGACCUAGGUUUCCAGGGGAGACCAGGGCCUCCUGGGUCUCAGGGGAUCGGCGAGUCAGGCCCACCUGGGCCUCAAGGGCCACAGGGUGUCCAAGGCGAAAAAGGACCUCAGGGGGAGGGCUUCCCAGGACCAAAGGGAGACCGCGGCGUGGAGGGGCCGAAGGGGCCCCGUGGACAGUCGGGCAUUGGAAUCAAAGGGGACAAGGGAGAGUUUGGACCACCUGGUUUUCCUGGCCCUUCAGGGCUUACUGGUGUUGGUAUCCAAGGUGAGAAGGGUGUAGAGGGUCCCAGAGGUCCACCAGGAGGUAGAGGGUCACCAGGAGAGGGCUUACCUGGGCCUAAGGGCGACCAGGGCCUGCCAGGAGAAUUUGGAGCUCCCGGUGAGAGGGGAGUUGGAGAGCCUGGAGCAAAGGGAGAGCCGGGCGCCGCCGGAUUUGGAGGAUUACCUGGGCUUCCUGGAGAGGAUGGCGCUCCUGGACAGAAGGGCGAGCCUGGGCUUUCUGGUCUCAGAGGGCCUGAGGGAGCAGCAGGAGUUGGCAUCCAGGGUGAAAAGGGAGACCAAGGGCAGCGGGGUGUCCGAGGGUUGACUGGACCACCUGGGAUAAGUGGCCCCUCUGGAUCAAAGGGAGAGCCUGGUGUGCCAGGAAGACUUGGAAUGCCGGGACUGCCAGGACGUGCCAUUGCAGGGGUUAAGGGUGACGUCGGUCCGCAAGGACCUGCUGGGCCCGUGGGUGAGACUGGGUAUGGAUUACCAGGUCCAAAGGGUGAUCGUGGCGGUCCUGGCCCAGCUGGUCCAUAUGGUGCCAAAGGAGAGGGCUACCCUGGUCCAAUGGGUCCUCCUGGUCUUCCUGGACUUCCAGGAGAGUCUGGACCUGAGGGAAUUGGCUUUCCAGGACCUAAGGGUGAUGUUGGCUUCCGAGGCCUGCCAGGUCUUCCAGGUCCUUCAGGGGAGGGUCUACCAGGACCACAGGGUUCUAUUGGACGACCAGGCCCAUUGGGCCCUGCUGGACCCCCAGGGGAAGGCUUGCAAGGCCCCAAGGGUGACCUGGGAAGUCAGGGAAUAUCUGGACCAAGGGGGCCACCAGGAGAAGGUUUCCCAGGCCCAAAGGGUGACAGAGGCCUGCAGGGCGAGAGGGGAAACAAAGGAGUUAAGGGAGAUCUGGGCGACCCCGGACAUUCUGGCGAGGCUGGAAGACCAGGAAUAAAAGGAGAAGCAGGACUCACUCGGGAGGAUAUCAUCAAACUGAUCAAGGAGAUCUGCGGAUGCGGUAUCAAGUGCAAGGAGAGGCCCAUGGAGUUGGUGUUUGUCAUCGACAGCUCAGAGAGUGUGGGCCCAGAGAACUUCGAGAUCAUCAAAGACUUCGUCACAGCGCUCGUCGACCGCGUCACUGUGGGAAGGAACGCAACCCGCAUCGGCAUGGUUCUCUACAGUCUGGACGUCCACCUGGAGUUCAACCUGGCGCGGUACACCACCAAGCAGGACGUCAAGCAGGCCAUCAGGAAGAUGCCCUACAUGGGUGAAGGCACCUACACUGGCACUGCCAUCCGUUUAGCCGCCAAGGACGCCUUCUACAGCACCCGUACUGGGGUCAGGAAAGUGGCCAUUGUUAUCACGGACGGACAGACCGACAAGAGAGAGCCCGUCAAGCUGGACAUUGCUGUGCGGGAGGCUCAUGCUGCCAACAUUGAGAUGUACGCCCUGGGGAUUGUCAACAGCUCAGACCCGACCCAGGCUGAGUUCCUGCGUGAGCUCAAUCUGAUCGCCUCAGACCCAGACAGCGAACACAUGUUCCUCAUUGAUGACUUCAACACCCUGCCAGCUCUGGAAUCGCAGCUUGUGAACCAAUUCUGUGAGGAUGAGAAUGGCGCCCUCAUCUACAACCGCGUCACUAACGGCUAUACCAAUGGCCACGGCACCAAUGGAAAUGGACAAAACGGGUAUAAUGUCUAUGGGAACAAUGGCUAUGGGACCAACUAUAACUAUGAGGACGGGACAGUGGAGAAGAAUCCAGUCCUCACGCCUGAGAGCUACGGCAGAGGCCGAGGAGACACCUUCUCUCUCCCCAUCAACUCUGGCCCAGCCCCUGCCCAGGUACACAAAACCUUCAACUUUACCACAGGAGAAGAUCUGGACCUACCACACCGUGGCACGAUACCUAUUGUAAACAAGACGGUUCAACCUAUACAGCCAGUUGUUUCUGGGAGGGAAGAUACCCUCUCCAGAGGAACAAGUUCAUCAUCAUCUUCAUCAUCAUCAACUGGAGUUUCGGGGUCCACCACAUAUAUAGAGCCAGAUACACCUCCUGUAUUGAUCUCACAGAGGCUCCCUACAGAUGGUCGUUGUGACCUGGCUUUGAGUCAGGGCAGCUGCAGAGAGUAUGUCAUUCGCUGGUAUUAUGACAAACAGGCCAAUGCUUGUGCACAGUUCUGGUAUGGUGGUUGUGAUGGCAAUGACAACCGUUUUGACUCAGAGGAGGAGUGUAAGAACUUAUGUGUCUAUGGACGGACAGUUGGUUAAGAAGAAGGAUGAAAUGGGAAUGCAUGAAUCUCUCAGUGAGUGAAGAGAGUGAAGAAGAUCAUCUUCUACAUCACCCAAGAGGAUCUUAAAUAUUUGCUUGGCAGCACUGUUUUGUAUACGAUAAAUGUCUCUAACAGAGGACAAAAUGACAUUGUCCCCCAUCAACAGAACUGCUUACUAUUGUUUUCCUAGGUAUCCACUCUGUUAGUGAUCCAGAAUCCAGGACUUAGAAUUGUAUUGUCACUAAAAUAGACCCAUACCAUCACCAUGACUUGUUUUGUUUUCAGUUGUGACAUGUUUUCUGUCUGCAGCCUGUCUUUGCAACUCUUCAGGGAACUGACAUAACUGUUGCUGUGUAAU